AAUAGCAAUAGUACUUUAAUGUUUUUAUCCCCCCCAAAAAAUUACCGCUUUUUUUCUUAUCCUUUCUGAAUGUUUAUUUUUUGUGAUUUACAAUGAUACAACGCAUAUAAUUUGUAAAUAAAUACCUUGUCGAUAUGAACUCACAAUGAAAAAUCAUGCAAAAGUUCGAGUAUCGAUUUUAGGUUGUCUCCUCAUCAACUUAUUUUUUGAAAAUGCGCUUUUAAUAAUUUGGUAUUUAAAAUGUGUUGAGAACUAAAACAGGUACUGGUGUUGAGAACUAAAACUAACAACAAGAAUGCACUGAAGUCAGUUUAUCGCCAUUACUAAAAAAAUCCGACGUGUUUAACUGUUUCCUUUCAAAGGAAGAUUGGUGAGGAACGUGAAGGUGGAACCAUUGUCAAGUCCACCUGAAACCAAAAGUUCUAGCUAAUAGCUAGACUAUCUUUGGACAACUCAGUUUUCACACUUGUAAAUGGAGCGGAUGAGGCAAGAAAUUCGCUAAUCUCGUAACACAUUACCCUGGCAGCUCCGAAGAACAGGAAAAUACCAAAGGGAGGGAUAAAGACGCUCUUCUGAACGUCAUCUCGUACAGGCUCGCGCGCAUACUGGGUCCGCCCCCCGCCGAGGUCAGCGCUUUAGCCCCUCACAUCACCUCAGCAAUGCGGCUGCGCACGCACACUCCAGGUCGUUUCGGUGCGCGCUAUGAAAACUCCAGACCGCUCCUCGCGCCCCCUCCUGCCUCAACUCUGCAUCUUUCAAGGUAACCAGCUGCCGGAUCUCCCCAAUUCAUUGCGACAGACACGAUUUUGUCUCGGAUUAGGGGCGGAGCUACGUCCCGGCCGUGUCCAAUGGGGCCGUGAGGUCAGAGGUGAGGGGUGAAGGGGCAAAGCCGGGAAAGUGCCGGCUCUGCCGCGCCUCGCGGUCGUCAUGGAGGCGAUCAAUGCCGAGGAGCUCCCCGAAGAAGAGGAGGAAGAAGAGCAAGAACAGUUGUUGAAACGACAUCGGAAGGAGAAGAAGGAGCUUCAGGCCAAAAUUCAAAGUAUGAAAAAUGCUGUUCCCAAGAAUGAUAAAAAGAGGAGGAAGCAAUUGAUUGAGGAUGUUGCUAAACUGGAAGGAGAAAUGGAACAGAGACACAAAGAAGAACUGGAGCAUUUGAAGUUGACUUCACAUGCAAAGAAUAAGAUAGACUCUGUUGUUGUUAACAUUGCAAGUUUGGAUAUUGAGAAUCAACAGCCUCGGAUAUCAAAAGCACAGAAGAGGCGGGAAAAAAAAGCUGCGUUGGAGAAGGAAAGAGAAGAAAGGAUAGCAGAAGCUGAAAUUGAAAACUUAUCUGGAGCCAGACAUUUAGAAAAUCAGAAACUUGCACGCAUUUUGGCAGCUAGACAUUUAGAGAUUAAACAGAUUCCAUCAGAUGGCCAUUGUAUGUACAGAGCUAUUGAAGACCAGCUGAAGGAACAGGAUUGCCCCCUGACUGUAGCUACCUUAAGAAGUCAAACGGCUGAAUAUAUGCAAAACCAUGUAGAAGAUUUCCUGCCAUUCUUAACGAAUCCUAAUACAGGAGAUAUAUAUACUUCAGAAGAGUUUGGAAAGUACUGUGAUGAUAUUGUAAACACAGCUGCUUGGGGAGGUCAGCUUGAGCUAAGGGCUCUGUCUCACAUUUUACAAACACCAAUAGAAGUAAUACAAGCAGAUUCUCCUCCGAUUGUAGUUGGUGAAGAGUAUUUAAACAAGCCUUUAACACUUGUAUAUAUGAGACAUGCCUAUGGAUUAGGAGAACAUUAUAAUUCGGUGAAACAGCUGAUCGACACAGCUACUGAAAAUGGUAGCUAGUUGGUGAAAAUUGUAAACUUAUUUAUUGAUUCUGUGCAGCAUGACAGUGUGGCCAUUCAUAUCAAAUCCUGGAUUGUUCCAAAGGGAAUUGAAUCUUUUAUUUAAAUUUUUUUUUCUUUCUUUCUCUUUCUCUCUCUCUCUCUCUC